AUGGCGCAGCAAGUAAACCAGGUAAACCGAGACAAACUCUGCUGCUCGAUCUGUUUGGAUCUCCUGAAGGAUCCGGUGACUAUUCCCUGUGGACACAGCUACUGUAUGAAGUGUGUUAAAAUCUACUGGGAUGAAGAGGAUCAGAAGGAAACCCACAGCUGUCCUCAGUGCAGACAGACCUUCACACCGGUGAGAAACACCGUGAUAGCAGAUUUAGUGGAGGAAACAAAGAAGACUGGACUCCAAGCUGCUAAAGCUGAUCUCUGUCAUGCUGAACAUGAAGAUGUGAGCUGUGAUUUCUGCACUGAGACAAAGCUGAAAGCUGUCAAGUCCUGUCUGCAGUGUCUGGUCUCUUACUGUGAGCAGCACCUCCAGCCUCACUAUGAAUCCUCCGCCUUUAAGAAACACAAGCUGGUGGACCCCUCCCAGAAGCUCCAGGAGAUCAUGUGCUCUCGCCACAAUGAGGUGAUGAAGAUCUUCUGCCACACUGAUCAGCAGUGUAUCUGUUAUCUGUGCUCCAUGGAUGAACAUAAAGGCCACGACACAGUUUCAACUGCAGCAGAAAUGAGCGAGAAGCAGAGAGAGCUCAAAGAGAGAGAGAUGGACAUCGAGAGGAAAAUUAAAGAGAAAGAGAAAAGCUUGAAGGUCCUGCAGCAGGAGAUCUCUGAGCUGAGGAGGAGAAAAGCUGAGCUGGAGCAGCUCUCUCACACAGAGGACCCCACCCAGUUUCUACACAACUACACCUUGCUGUCAUGUCUCAGUGAAGCUCCAGACUCAGCCAGCAUCAAUAUUCAUCCUGGGAGACACGACAAAGUACUGACUGGUGCAGCAAUGAGUGAAAAGCAGAGAGAGCUCAAAGAGAGUCAAGAUAAAAUCCAGCAGAGAGUCCAGGACAGCGAGAAACACCUGAAGGUGCUUGAGCAGGAGGUGGAGACCUUCAAUCAGUCUGCUGAUAAAGCUGCGAGAGACAGUGAGGAGAUCUUCACAGAGGUCAAGCAGCAGAUCAAAGCUUGCCAGAAGUCUGAAGAAAUCUCUGAGCUGAGGAGGAGAAACACUGAGCUGGAGCAGCUCUCUCACACAGAGGACCCCACCCAGUUUCUACACAACUACACCUUGCUGUCAAGUCUCAGUGAAGCUCCCGACUCAGCCAGCAUCAAUAUUCAUCCUGAGAGGUACACCAAGGAUGUGACGGCAGCUGUGUCAGAGACCAGAGACAAACUACAGGACAUCCCCAUUCAGUAA